AUGUGGGUAAAAGAAGCAUGGGAUAAGGUUGACAAUAUUUUAAUUAAGAAUUCUUUUAAGUGUUGUGAAAUUUCUCUCACAAGUAACGGCAAAAAAGACAGUUGGCUUUUUAAUACUGAUCAAUUACGUGAAAGCACAACUGAUCCAGAACUGAUAAACUUUGAUGAAGAAAUUUGCAUUGAGGAUAUAGAAGAAAUGGAAAAGGAGGAAAUAGAAAUGGAGAAAAUAAAAACGGAGGAAAUGGAAAAGAAAAAUAAAGAAAAUAAUUUGUAUAGAGAAAGUUCGUUUUCUGAAAAUGAUUGGAGAUUAUUUAAAUAA